GAGGCAGAAUUGUUAGAAACCUUUUUGCAGCAAGCUCAAUCUGAGCUGGAAAAUACCUCUCACUCAGAUCUUAUUUCACGGUCUCCAGAAUUGCUUUCAAUGCUUAAUGAGGUACUUCACAAACCAAUGACAUCCUUUGAAUCUGCGCCGAUUCGAGCUGAGUUUGCCAGUGACUAUGAUCGUAUAGUUUAUGAGGUGAACUCCCUCCUACCCCGCGUAUCUGUAGCUCGGAUCGCCCUCGAAAUUGUUCCCUCAUACGACUCUUCUGAGUUUGUACUUCAACGCUACUCACAGUUGCAACAACGAGCGGAUCCUGUCUACAGUGAUCCACUUCAUGUCGCUGGCUUGAGCUGGCGCCUGAAGGUCUAUCCAGAUGGAAAUGGUGUGGUUCGUGGCAGCUACCUCUCUGUUUUCUUAGAGCUUUCAGCUGGCUUGUUAGAAACGUCAAAUUUCUUUAUACUGUUACUAUAG